CAGCCGCGGCCAUUAGAUUAGACUGUACACAGACGGAGCGGAGAGACAGAGCGGAGCCCGAGACUCACAGAUUCUUUAUUUCCCUUUCUCCUCGUUGUUUUUUCCUAACGUGUUUUCACCCCGUUUCGUGUAAUCCGGGUGGUUGUGUGUCGGUAGAGGGAGAGAGCGCUGUUAUUUUAGUGUUAUUUUUGGAGGAGUGUAUGUUCGUACUCUAGGGCUGAACAGCAGCGCCGCUAACGCCUCUAACGUAGUGCCUACGUGCGUCCUCACGCAUUCCUCCUCAUAGAGCUGCACCGACACCCACUCCACUGAUCCGUUUUAAACAACAAAAAAAAAGAGGUUUAAUUCUUUUACCUACAGAGGCGUGCUUUAAAGGGACCCGUUUCUAUUUAGAUGGCAAGCUUCCCAGAUUCUAUCAACGAAAAUGAAAUAGGUAAAGCUAAGUUCAUUGGAGAACUUUUAGCUCCUGUUGCUCCCUUUGACCAGAAGUCAGGACGGGAGACGUGGACUGUAGCUUUUGCACCUGAUGGCUCCUAUUUUGCUUGGUCUCAAGGACAUCGCAUUGUGAGACUUGUACCAUGGUCAAAAUGCAUAAAAAACUUCUCUAUGAGGAAGGAGGAGCGGAUAAAUGGAGCUGGGCCCAGGCGACUGUCUCGUCAGGGCAGCGAUGUUGCCCUAGUGCCUGGCGAGCCAAGGGAGCACACCAUCGACUGCGGUGACAUUGUCUGGGGUCUCGCCUUUGGCUCCUCUGUCCCUGAGAAGCAGAGUCGAUGUGUGAACAUCGAGUGGCACCGCUUUAAAUUUGGCCAGGACCAACUGCUGCUGGCCACAGGCCUUAAUAACGGGCGCAUCAAAAUCUGGGAUGCCUAUACAGGAAAACUUCUGCUGAACCUGAUGGAUCACACCGACAUUGUACGAGAUCUUACAUUUGCUCCAGAUGGCAGCCUGGUGCUGGUCUCUGCUUCCAGAGACAAGACACUUCGUGUUUGGGACCUCAAGGACGAUGGUAACAUGGUGAAAGUGCUGCGGGGCCAUCAGAACUGGGUCUACUGCAGCGCCUUCUCGCCAGAUUCCUCAGUGCUGUGCUCUGUGGGUGCUGGCAAAUCGGUCUUCCUGUGGAACAUGGAUAAGUACACUAUGAUCCGCAAGCUGGAGGGCCACCAUAACGACGUGGUGUCCUGCGAGUUUUCUCCUGAUGGAGCCCUGCUGGCCACGGCCUCUUACGACACCCGUGUCAUAGUGUGGGACCCUCAUAUGGGCACUGUAUUAUUGGAGUUGGGGCAUCUAUUCCCUCCUCCUUCACCCAUAUUUGCAGGUGGGGCAAAUGACCGCUGGGUUCGCUCCGUGGCCUUCUGUCAUGAUGGUCAGCAUAUUGCCAGUAUUACAGAUGACCGGUUGGUGAGGUUCUGGAGUAUAGAUGAAAAGUCUCCUCAGGCUGUUGCAUCGCUAACUAAUGGGCUCUGCUGUGCCUUCUCUACGGACGGGAGCGUUUUAGCUGCUGGUUCACGUGAUGGCAGUGUUCAUUUCUGGUCAUGUCCACGCAGCAUUUCCAGUCUGCAACAUCUGUGUCGCAUGGCCCUGCGGAGAGUCCUCACCACGCAGCAGGUCUACACGCUGACCAUCCCUCAGUGCAUGCAGGAUUACUUGGCCUACAGGAGCCUGUAGCCCAGUAUGCACAAAACUGCACACUGACAAACCAAUGAGACUUUAUUUGUAAAAAAAAAAAAAAAAUCUUAACAAAAAAGGACAAAAAGAAAAAUGAACCUUAAAUAGGUAGUAAAAAAAGGUAGAAAAAGAGAAAAUAAAAAAUAAAAAUCUUCGGCUCAAAGACCUCAUGCUGUGCUUAAUGAGGUCACUGUUUUGUAUUAUAUUUUUUUAAGCUGUAUUACUGCUUAUAAACUUGCCUUUAAGUACUUUUUUCUUUUCAACAGUAAGGAUUCCUUUCUUAUUUCUUUUUUUUUUUCUUUUGUUAAAGUGAUUGCUGCACCCUCACCCAUAUCAGGCAGUGGCCUUUAGACAGCAUUAUUAUCAGCGUCACUUGAGCGACUUUUCUUCCUCUGUCUUGCUGUCUCUUUUUUUUCUUUUCCCAGCACAACCUCUUGUACAAAACCUUAUAUUGCAACUUAUAUGACAGAUAGAAAAAGUGAGAAUCUCGUUUUUAUGGCUGGAGAUUUUGUUGUGGAUUUGAAUUGCUGAUAUCUGAGCUGAAAAGGUGCUUUCUCUUAAAUGUAUCGUGUAUAGAGUGGUGACUUUCAGCAGUACAGUAAAUGAGGUAUUGAGGUAGCGUUAGAGUAGAAAGCUGCUCUUAUUAAGUGCCAUGGCUUACCUGGUCGAUCGUAAAGUGAAUUGAAAGGAGUGAAUUAAUGAAUAAAUUAAUGAAUGAAUGGCCUAUGUAAGCAUACAAGGGUGCAAAUCUUUAGCAUGUUUGGUGUCUAGUUGAGGAGUGCAUUUAGUAGUAGAUCAGGCAGUGCCUCCCUUCAGUGUGCCUCUGUGAUAGAAAAAAAUCCCCAGUGCUGUACGCUUAAUAUCCACACUCAGAUACUGCCUCGGUAACAACCUGAGAGAAACAGUAAAAUCUCUUGGGAUGUUUUUCCCUUAUUAAAAAAUGUAUAUUUUUUACUUGUACAGAAAUUUGUAAAGGAAUGUUUUCAUGGUGUGUGUAUAUAUAAAUAUCUAAAUCUGCUCCCCCCCCCCCACAUCCCUCCUUUUUAUUUCUCCUGAUCCUGAAUACUGAUGCUUGCGUUGCUUUGUGUAUAGAUCUCUUUCACUCUCCUGUGCUGUGAAACAUUAUUUCAAACAUAAUUUCAAGCAGAAUGACCUGAAUGAAUGUCAGGCAUACAGAAGAAUGCUCUUGAGCGGAGUGUAGGUGAAAAAGUUGUAAGGGUAUGGGUAGUUAUUGAGAUGAAAUGUGAAUGUUAUUGCACCUCCAUGCAGCUUGAAGCUUUUCUAAAGCUUCUGUCUGCCUGUAUUUAUUGUAUAUUUAUAUGUACAGUGAUUGACAAUUAGAAAAAAGAAAGAAUGCCUGGCUUUAAUCCUCUGAACUGGGCCAGCAUGGUAGUGAUGGAGAUGUCAUGUCUCAUCUACCUCCUAGAUUUGCCUGUGUAAUGUGACAUCACAUGGAGGCUCAGAGUGUAUUCACUUUGCUGUAUGUAGAUGGAUAAAUGGAGCUGUGACUGUGUAAUGGGACUUCAAUGUGGAGAAUGGUUGCGGUUAGUGUGAGGAUCAGUUCGUAUAUAUAUAUAUUUUUUUUUCCUCUCUAUGUGCAGUUCAACAAUCCUGGCAAUAAAUUGCAUAUGUAAAAAAAAAAAAAAGUAAUAGCUGAUGCCAAAGACCUUGGUUUCUUUAUCAUAUUUGGCACUCAGUGUGUUCUUUUUUUCCCCCACCUUCCUUUCUUCUCAUCUAUAUCUGGCUAAAACUUGAAAAUCUUGUGCAUAUGUCUUACAGCUGUUUUUUCCACAUGCAAAGGAAUGCUAAAUAAGAAUAGGCCUUUGUUUUCAAAAGCAAGUUUCUAGUUCUGUCUAUGUAUUAGGGAGAAAAGCGUUCUGACUCCACAGUGCCCUCUCAAAAAACUUCAGCACUGUCUACUGCUGCUAUGGCAUGAGCUAGUGGUCUUCAGUUUAUUUCAGAAGCAAAACAUUCAGUGUAUCCUCAUUCCUUUGCAGAUAACUUCUCUCUAAAUAAUGCUGUACACAAUAGUAGCAACUAAAGUAGUAGUCAUGAGUCAAAUGAAUGUAUUUUUUCUGUUUUUUGUGUGUGUGUUUUGUAGUUAAAAUAAAGGCUUCUUUCAAAUGAA